AAGAAAACCCUUGCAAUUUCAGUACUCUCUCUCUCUCUCUCUCUCUCUCAUCACACAAAUACAGAAGACCGCCCCGUGCGAUUCCUCUUUAUCUUUUUCUCGUCGUCUAUCUCUCCACCGUCGUUGGCUACUUUCGCCACCUCCUUACCUCUACCCUUUCAAAACUGCCGCCCACAAGCAUCCAUUUUUCUCAAUAUUUCCCUCAUUUUUUUAGCGGAUUCUAAAUUUCUUAAUUUGUCGUUGUCGGUGGCUGUUAAAUAUCAUUUGACGAAUAGAAUUUCCUUAAUGCCCAUUUGAGAUCGAACGGUGCUUUUGGAUUUAUGAUCUUCCUUCUAAAUGUGUUAUUCAAAAUCACAGGGUUUUGUGUAAGAAAGAAAUCUUGGAUCUCGAAAGCAUUAUCCGUUCUUGAAUUCCUCGCCAAUUCAGAUCCUUCCUACACGUCCCUUUUGUUGCACCGACAAUAUAAUUAAGGGUUUGGUGGUGGUAGUUGAUGAAUGGGAGUGAUAUGUACAGCGUAGAAGAUAGAGAUAAGAGAAAGAGGUUUGGGAUUGGAAUUGGAAUUGGAAUUGGAAUUGGAGUUAAGAUCAGGGCAAUGGGAUUGAAGACAUUAGGGGAGAGUAGAGUAGAAAAAUUGAAGGCAAAUGCAAGGUCUCCGAAAAUGAAGUUGUGGAUAAUUAGGGCCACAACAAUGGUGUUGUUGUGGACUUGUUUGGUUCAGUUGACAGCUUUAGGGGAUACAUGGGGACCUAGGGUUUUAAAAGGUUGGCCUUCUUCUGUCACUCAAGAUUCCCAAUUUUUAGAUGUCAAGUUUUUGCCCAGUGGUCCUGCUAGGGUUCUUCCUCCCAAGAGGGUUUACCAAAACAAUGGUUACCUAAUGGUUUCAUGCAACGGAGGACUCAAUCAAAUGCGUUCUGCAAUUUGUGACAUGGUUGCAAUUUCAAGAUUUUUGAAUGUUACACUUAUAGUUCCCGAGCUCGAUAAAACAUCAUUCUGGGCUGAUCCAAGUGAGUUUGAGGACAUUUUUGAUGUCGAUCAUUUCAUUACUUCAUUGAGAGAUGAGGUCCGGAUACUUAAGCAACUUCCUCCAAGGCUUAAAAAGAGAAUGGAAUUGGGAUACGUGCAUACCAUGCCUCCUGUUAGCUGGUCCGAUAUUUCUUAUUAUCAUAACCAGAUUCUUCCUUUGAUUAAGAAAUUCAAAGUUGUGCAUUUGAAUAGAACAGAUGCUCGUCUUGCAAAUAAUGGUCAACCCCUAGAACUUCAGAAGCUAAGGUGUCGAGUAAAUUUCAAUGCUUUGAGAUUUACCCCUCAGAUAGAAUACUUGGGUAGGCGUGUGGUGCAACUUUUGAGAAAAAACGGGCCUUUUCUAGUGCUACAUCUUAGAUAUGAAAUGGAUAUGUUAGCUUUUUCUGGAUGCACUCAAGGAUGCAAUCCUGAUGAGGUGGAUGAGUUGACCAGAAUGAGAUAUGCAUACCCAUGGUGGAAAGAAAAGAUUAUUAACUCUGAGUUGAAAAGAAAAGAUGGGUUAUGCCCUUUGACUCCUGAGGAAACUGCCCUUACUCUAAGGGCACUUGACAUUGCUAGUGACAUUCAGAUUUAUGUGGCGGCUGGUGAAAUAUAUGGUGGUCAAAGGAGAAUGGCCAGCCUUGCAGCCGCUUUUCCAAAGCUGGUUAGAAAAGAGACCUUAUUAGGAGUAGAUGACCUACAAUUUUUCCAGAACCAUUCUUCACAAAUGGCAGCAUUGGACUAUCUUGUAUCAUUAGAAAGUGACAUUUUUAUCCCUACUUAUGAUGGGAACAUGGCCAAAGUUGUAGAAGGCCAUCGCAGAUACUUGGGUUUCAAGAAGACGAUAUUAUUGGAUAGAAAGCUUUUGGUUGAAUUGAUAGACGGAUACACGAGUGGGUUGUUGAGUUGGGAGGAAUUCUCAAGUGCUGUGAAGGAUGCACACAUGGCACGAAUGGGGAGCCCUAAAAAAAGAAAAGUUGUUCCCGAAAGACCAAAAGAAGAAGAUUACUUUUAUGCAAAUCCAGAAGAGUGCUUGCAGCCAUUAGUAGCAGACAUAGACCCUGUGACUCUGAGCAUCCUAAGAUGAGUAGGCAUUUGUGGAAUAUUUAGGUCAGUAUCUUUAUCAGAGGCCUCAUCAAGUUGGAAGAUUGUGGUUCAUUAUGGUUUGCUGCCUUCGAGCCAGUGGUGCUGGAGGUGGGUCAAUCUUGAAUGAGGCGGCAGGUGGUGGUGGUGAUGGUGGUGGGUGGUGGACUUCCACGUUGUUGACCAUGUUUUUGUAGGGAUGAGAUGGUGUUUAUUAUUAGUAUCCUUUUUUUUUUUUGGCUUACAUAUUAUUGGUAAUAAUGCAGAUUCAUGGUUAGGAAUUAGUAAUUACCCUGGCCUUGCAGGGUUAUAUCUUGGGCCUUGAAACUAUCGAUGUAUCACAUUGAUUCGAAAUAUAGAUUUGUUUUUGCCCGGUAAAUGUAUCUCAUCAGUAAAUGUAUCUCAUCAGUGAAGACGAUAACAUGAUAUAGAGUUAGGUGUUCAAACAUCUGGCAAUCUGAAAGAAGAUUGUUUUUUAACAUCUGCAAACUGCAAACUGUUAGAAUAAACUAAAAUCUAAUUAAACUGUUUUUUUAAAAAAAAAACUUAAAAGAGUUUUUCAAUAAUUUUAUGAUUUUAUUAUAGAUAAUUAACAAAUAUAUAU